GUCGUUUUAAGUAUUAUUAUAGUCACUGCGUACUGCUGCGCAGUCGAGUUUUGGAGGUGUAGGGGUGUUGUGGUUGGGAAUUGGAUGGUGGUUCUUACGGAUGGGGCAGUGACACAAAGAAGAGUUUGUUCUCUUGUCGUACAUUGCGUUGAAACUGUGGAGAUGGUUGAGAAGAUCUUAGAAGAAGUGCAAGGAGCGGAGGCUGAGUGUUGUGAAGUUUUGUCUGCCCUUCACGACAAAACGAACAGUGAUGUUCAGCAGAGGAAGGAGGAGGCCAGGAGGAAACGCCGAAAGAAGAAGCGUUGCGGUUCAAGCCUCGUAUCAUCUUGUUUCCAAGAUUUGUACAGAUUAACAGGAGAAGUAUUGGGUGAAGGUGCUUAUGCUUCUGUACAGACAUGUAUUAAUAUCUGGACUGAUUUGGAAUAUGCUGUAAAAAUAAUUGAAAAAAUUCCGGGCCAUAGUCGCAGCCGUGUUUUUAAGGAGGUGGAAACCUUUCAUCACUGUCAGGGCCAUCCAAACAUUAUCCAGCUAAUAGAAUUUUUUGAAGAUGAUGCAAGGUUCUAUCUAGUGUUUGAAAAAGUUAAUGGAGGACCCUUACUUACUCGUAUUCAAGAACAAAAUAGUUUCACUGAGAAGGAAGCAAGUCAAAUAAUCAGGGAUCUUGCAAGUGCUUUGAAUUAUUUACACACAAAAGGUAUUGCACAUAGAGACUUGAAACCUGAAAACAUACUCUGUGUGUAUCCUGACAAGCUGAGUCCAGUGAAGAUAUGUGACUUUGACCUCAGUUCUGGGAUAAAGUUUAAUGCCAACCUCACUUCGCCACUAGCUACACCGCAGCUGCUUACUCCUGUUGGAAGUGCGGAAUUCAUGGCUCCUGAAGUGGUCGAAGCGUUUGUUGGAGAGACAAGUUGGUACGACAAGCGAUGUGAUCUUUGGUCUUUGGGGGUUAUCAUGUAUAUUCUCUUGUGUGGUUACCCGCCGUUUUAUGGAAGUUGUGGAUCUGAUUGUGGAUGGGAGAGAGGAGAAAACUGCCAUGCUUGCCAGGAAUUGCUGUUCACUUGCAUCCAGGAAGGUUGCUAUGAUUUCCCAGAGAGAGAAUGGGCUGCCAUAUCAGAAGAUGCCAAGGAUGUUAUUCGUAAACUCUUAGUUAAGGAUGCAAGCCGAAGGCUUUCAGCUGGAGAUAUCUUAAAUCAUCCAUGGAUGUGCCCUCAUUCGUCUACGUCAUCUGUGGUUAGCCGCUCUCUUGGCACCCCGCAUAACAUUAGAAGAAAUAAUAGUGCAAGGGAGUUAUCAGCUUUUGCAGAAAGUGCAAUGGUGGUAAACCGUGUUGUGCUGCAGCAUUUCAGUAUGAAUUUGGACUUUCUGAGAGAGAGUAAUGUAGCAGCAAACCCAGAAGGUGAGCAGAACUUCCUGGCAAAUUCCUGUGGAAAUAAUCAAGAAGUCUGUGGGACUGACAUCUUCCUCAAUGGCACUGAUCCUGAAGGUGAUGAUAAAACCACAAAGCUCUUUGGGUUAUCACCUCCAAGUGAGUCUCAUCUCAUUCAACGGCGCAAAGCUCGUAGUUUGAACUGUCACCCGGAACCUGUUGCAAUCAUUGCAGCAUCUCCUAGUGGCUGAUAAUUGUUGCCCACAAUUUUGUACCUGAUUAUUGUUUAGUCUUUAUUGUUCUCAUCAGGUAGGCUAUUCUCUUUUAUGAGAUUGCCUGUUUCACGAAGGUGAUAUCUUUCAUUCAUGUUCCUGUGCAAGGCAUUUGGAAUGCCUUGUGACAAAAAUUGUUUCAUUAGUUUUAAUUUUAUGUAGUAAUCUUUCUGUGUUGAUAAUAUGGACAUGAUGAGAGGGUGUCUUUUGGUAUGAGAUACAAUGAAAAAUUGUGUUUUAGAGACCACUGGUCUUAACAGCACUGUCUUCACAGCAAAAAAAAUACUAUUUGCUGUUAGUGGUCCAUCUUUACAAAUCAAGUAGUGAAUAUUUUCUUCUCAGAAAGUUUUUUUUUUAAACAUAAUUAUGAUGUCCAAUUGUACAUUGUUCUUGAAAAAGGAUGCAGUCUUCAGCAUCCUUAUACACUUAUAUUUAAUUGUAUCACAUGAAUUAUUCAUGAAAUGUUUGUAAUUGACUUACCAACUACUAAUAGUAGUUGUUUUAAUAUAAAUCAUUGAGUGUUUUCAGAGAAGCUAAAAUUCUGUCAGCCCAUAGGAAUUUGCAUUACAGAAUAAUUAAAUUUUUUUUUUGAGAAGAAAACUAAUGGUUAUAAUGAGAAAAAAACAUUAGUGAAUUUGUCUAUAGUUUCUAAAGUUAACGCUUCUGAAUUACAUUAAUAGAAUAAAACAGACUUGCACAGUAAUUCAGAAUGAAUAUAGUGAAUACUAUUUGUUGUUCUUUAGAUACUAAUGAUUUGUAAAGGAGAAAUACCUUUAUAAAUAACUCAGGGUUGUAGACACAUAUUUCACAUUAACCUCUUACUUGAUUUUUUGUAUCUUAUGACUCAGGGCAUGGUGAGAUGUAAUAAGGAUUUUGUGUGUUUUGGCCCCAAGGGCCUAAAUUAAAUGUUUCUUGAACACUUUUGUUCAAAGAUUGUUUAAGUCUCCUGUAUUAUCAGGUUUUGUGAUGACGGCUUUCUCAUCAUGAAUCCAUAACAAAGUUGUGAAAGGAGACAUGGAAAGAAAGCAUCAUUUUGUGGAAUGCUGUUUCAUGUCAUCUUGUGUAAAUAUGUAAAAUAAUAGUUUAUUACUUUCAUGAAUGAAUGAUCUGAGAAAAAGAGUUUUUGUAAUUUCUAGUAAUAAUGAGAAUGUAGCUGUAAUGAAUGACUGAGAACAUACUUAAAAUUAUUCUGUGAUCUUUUUCAUUUGUAAGAGUUCGUUAAAAGUCAUUUUCUUUUUGAUUGUGCAGCAUUCUUUGCAUUUGGAAAGUCCAUUACAAUACGGUUCCUUGGUGUAGCAAAACGCCAAGGUAAAUGGCACAAGAUUUGUUUAUUUAUUUUGUUGUCUUUUUUGUAUAACUGUUUUACUGGUCAUAAAUUUCUAGUUCUCGAUUAAUUUUUGUGUUUUCAUCUUGCUAAAACAGUAGGUAGUGUGAGAAAAAUAUAAAAUCUAACAUACACACUGGCACCAAUGUAACAAUAAAGUGGUAAAAUGUAGGAGAAGUGAUAGAUUCGUUUCAUGGUACUGUCUAGAAAUUAGAAAAGGAAUUUUUACCAACUUAAUCUUCAAUGUAAGAGAUUACAAUUAAAAAUAUACAAAUCUGUAAAGUAAAGCUAAAGGAUUGUACAUAUCUGGCUCACAGUUCCCUCAAUUUUUAACACAACAGUAGUGUAUUUUAUAACAUUUCUGUACCACUUAUCUGUCUAGUCCUGUACAUUUGAUUUAUAUUUUACUUGAGGUGACUUAUUAACAGAACAUUAGGUCAAAAAUUCACUCUAAUUGCAUUCGUGCUUGAAAAUACUGUACUGUUUCAGGCAAGAGUUAUCAUUUGUUUAUAAACAUCUACAUCAAAAUGUUUUAAUAGUGUUCAUAUGUAAUUUUUAUAUGUUAGGUUUACCUUGUAAAAGUGCUAAUUCAAUGCUUCCAGUCUGUAAUAAUAGUGUAAAUGUGCGAUAGUUUGUAAAGAAUGCAAAAUUACUAGCAUUGAGUGUGCUGAUGUCUGCCAAAGCAAGUUCGUCAGCAGAUGAGGGUUACAUGAAGUGCAGUUUUACAUUUGAUGACAGUAUUAGAUGUAAGUUACUGUGGUGUGUCCAGUGCCAAACGUCCAGUGCUGAUGUGUGAUAGUCAUAUUUGCCAGGUGUGUGAUAAGUAUGAAAAACGCUUGUAGUUUAGAUUUUUGUUUAAGAGAUUUAAUUCAAAAAAUAUUUGUUUUCUUACUUUGCAAAAGAAGAAUGAACUCUUUAAUCUUGGUGGCUCAAAUGUAUGAACAUUUUAAAAGGAAUUAAUAGUUUUGGUUUCUCCUCAUUAUUAUUUUUUUCUUUCAAUUGAUUCUGAAUCAAAUUUCAUUCACAUUUUCAGUAUUAUCUUGCAUCUGAAAUUUUUGUUUUUGAGCAAGCCACCUUAGUGAAUGACUGGUAAAUUUAGGUUUACAUUAUGUUAAAAUUAUUUUCUUUUGAAUCCAUUGUGAAUGGAUAGAAAUUUAAAUGAAACCUGCCAUGGAGUAAUAUAUUGUUGCUCAUUAUGUAGGUUUAGUGAUUCAAUUCUGUAGGGUUAUACUUGAAUGAUGAGCAAUUAAUAUGUACAAUCUGAUCAAGAUGUAAUAUUAGUCUGCCAUAGGGCAUAAGUUUAAAUCCAUCUUGUUGAAUUAUUACCCUCCAUAUAUAUGGUGCACAUCAAGAUUCAUGAGAAGAAUUAAUCUGGUUGGUCUAGGAAUGGGUAAUUUGUAGAAUAAUUACUUUAGGAGCUGUAGAACUGAUAAUAGUUCAGAAAUUCACAUAAGUUGAUGUGAUUGCAGCUGAUGUAAAGAAGAAAAUUGUGAAUUGUAGGUCCAGGAAUGAUGCUUGAUCAAUCCACAGUAGUUGAAGUAUUCAAUAUUGUGUAAAAAUGUUCCUCUCACAGAAAAUUUGCAAUAAUAAUUCAUACUUGUUUGCAUGAUAGUGUGUGGAUUGGUGUUGUUCAUUACUUCUCCAAGAUUGUAUUUAUAAUUUUCAGGGGAGAGAAACUGAGAAAUGUUCAUUGUAAUAUCCCCUUGUACUUUGUUCAUACUGAGUCAGACUGAAAUGUCAUAAACUUUUUGAGAAGAAAUUUGAUUGUCAUUCACUUUCUUUUUUAUAAAACAAUGUGAAAGACAAAAAAAAAGUUUCUUUUAAUAUAAGCAAGCACUUAACAGUGUAUGACAAUCUCCUAAUCAAUAUUUCAAGCCCAGGAAAUUGUAUCUUUGCAAUAAUUAUUGUACACAAUCUACAUUUAAAUUUUGAAUCUGCAUUAAAUGUAAAAAAUUAAAAAUUUUAUUUCAUUAGGCACUAAGAAACCACAUGUGCAAAUUGCAGAAACCUUAUGUUGUGUAAAAUACAAUUAUUCUCUUGGAGACAUAGGAAACAAAAUGUGUCAUGAGAGAAUGCCUUUUCUUCUGUAGUGAAAGAUGCAUAAAAUUAAUAAGUUUGUGUACUUUUUUAUGUUAACAUUUAAUGUCAUUUCUCGAAGAAUUGAGAAGUGAGGUUUGUGAAAUGAUGCCUCUGGUUUCCUUAGUGCAAGACUUUGUGAAAACUAAAUUUCAAUGGAUCAACAGAUAUUUCAUUAGAAGUUUUUGUCCUGUUACUUUUAUAUCUCUACAUCACUUAAUUGUAUGAAAAGUAUGUUGUUUCUCCAUUGAAAAAAGAGGCACUGUAUCUGUGAUAUCAAAACUCACACGUGAAAUAAACAAUUUUUUUUAGAAUGAAA